AUGUCUCAAGAGGAAGCUUUUAGAUUACUCGAUGAACAACGCAACGCAGUUCUUGAGUCGUUACGUGAGCAAAACGACAGCGAUCUCGAAAAAACCGAAAGUAUUUGUUCUUUGCAAAUGCAAGCAAACCGGUUAGAAGAAGAGCAUGGCGUGGAAGUUGAUAUUAAUUGGGAGGAAGUAUUCCCCAAUGAGCAGCUUCAACAACAGUUCCCAUAUUCUCCAGCCGACUCGCCUAUGGGUGAAAACUUUGACUUUGAUGAGCCAAGCUUCGAUCCUGUUGUUGAAACAUUAUCCAACAACUGGGAAGAGUUGCUGCCCAAGUUGGUGGAUUGUUAUAUCCUGUCCGUGAAAAACUUGGGCGUCCCGAAGAUUUUUGCCGGCUAUGAAGAGAUGUCUUUUGGCUACACCUGUAGUAAUGAGAAUUGUGGUUUCUCGACAAAACCAUUGAACUUUUUUUGUACCCGAUUUGUUUUGGUGAAUGACUUUAAGUGGUGCAACUGUAAGAGUCUUUCCCAAGCUCUUAUGCUUUGUGGAUUUUUACCGUCAUCCCCAAUGUUCCCCAAAUCAGCAGUACAUUUGGGGAUGUUAAGCAAUCUUAACAUGUUGAGAAACCACCUCGGCGCUUCUGGGCAAGCUCUUGCCGACUAUUACAACGCUGUAAUGGGAAACCCAGAGAACGGCAUUUCUCACAAGAUUUGCCAAAACCUGCUGCCGCUCUACAGCAGGCUUUUGCUUUUGGUGGACAGCGCUGUAGACUAUUUGGCUGCCACCUGUUCUCUCCAGGAUAAUGAGUGUCCUGCCUGUCCACAGGACGGGUUUCCUGGUACAUCUAAUAGUACCAACAACAUAAAGACUAUCUCUUUGGAUGGCUGCUUCAGCAUGAAAUGUCUGAAGUCCAAAGAUGAUAGUCUUCAUCAGACACCAGUGCCUGCAAUUGAGAAGAUGUGGGUUAAGCAGUCAACGGUGGACUUUUAUGAGAAGGAGAGAGCAAGCAGAGAUGUCCUGGCCAGUGAGAAUACUCAUCGUGCAUCUGGUCAGACGGCAUCUCUGAAGUCAAAAGUCUUUCCUGUGAAAGGCCUUUUUGCAGCCUCAUGCGGACGACAUGAAUACGUCUUGAAGCUUUCAGACAUGGCUACCGGAGAGGGCUUUAAAUACUCUCUGGCAAUGAUUAAAGAACUUCUUGGGAAUGAGGAUGGUGCAGCUGUUGCUAGUCGUAUACCGAAGGUCAUUUUAUACGACAUUGCAUGCCUCUUGGAGCCUUCCUUAAAAAAACAUUUCGAGGAUCAAAUGGAAGGCACAGGAGGUUGGUCAUUGGCAGUGCCUGCUUUUCAUGCUUUUGCGCAUGUUUUACACUGCCAGGCUAAGCGCAACCCGAGAUUCAUGGGCACUAUUGGUCGUACUGAUGGUGAAUCCCUUGAACGCUUUUGGUCAUAUCUGAAGCCCUUCAUCAAUAUGACCCGUCCCAUGAAUCAUCCAAACCGUCGGGUUGUUCUUACCAUGGCAACGCUGCACCGUAACCAAAUGAAAAAAUGGAAUAUGGGUAAAUUCUUGAAGACAAAGUACCAAAAAGCAAGCAAGGCUUUGGAAGAAAUCAAGGCUUUGGGAGGAGAGGCCUUAGUUGCCCAUUCACACUUGCACCGCCACAACUGGGAUCUUCAAGUACAGCGAAUGGCCGCCGGCAAGUCAUGUGCUAGUAUCUGGAGUCAAUUUGAUGAUGGUGUGAACAAGGCUGUAAGAUAUUAUGUCUUACAGUCUGUUCAUCACCGCUUCAGUACUAGCAACAGUGAAAGAUUGUACGUCGGAUCGUCUAGCUUUCUUGCUAGCGAUCUUAGUGCAAUCAAAGCUGAAAUGAAUGAAUUGCUGGUGGCCAUUAGGGCUGAAAAUCCUAACUUUGUGGCGGUUCCUGAACAGGAUCUUACUCCCGAGGUCCUGAACUUUGGCGAAGGUUACUAUCAGGAAUACCUUCGCCUGAAACGAAUCAUGUUUGUCGACUGUUUGAGAGAACAUGUUCAAGCAUACAAAGGUGUCGUCAAACGCCUCAAACACGGCGGCCUCGGAACUAGUCUUGCUGGCAAGUGCAAAGAAGCACGCAAUGUGCACAAAAAGCACAUCUUGUACUUGCUGGCUAAAUACAAGGAAGAGGCUGCCAAAGGUAAUCUUGGGUUUGACGAUACCGGAUUUACGUAUGUCAGUUUUGAAGACCUGGUGGACGAAGAAAAUGGUUUCUGGGGACCGGAUGUCACUGAAAGUGUAAGACUUUAUAUUGACUAUACCAACGUUGUGAAGGAGAUGGAGAUGUUGAGAUGUGAAAUUGUUAAUCUCCUUCACAACGCUAGGGCUGAAGUCGACGAAAACUAUGGAUCACUUGCUUACUUGGAGCAUAAAGCAAGUGAUCCCAAUGAUGAACAUCAAGCUCUCUAUCUGGGGGCCUACAAGCUGAUGAAGAACAGAUUGGACCAGAGCAUCAGGUGGAGAGAAAGAUGCAUCUCGAUUCUUCUCCCCACCAUAACCAGUGUGGGUCGUCAAAACUUUGAAGACCUAGAUGAUGAGCAUUUAAACCAGGCGACCACAUCGGUUAUUGAUGUUCUGGAUCUGACUGCUGGCGAAGAUCCAGAUGUGGUGAUAACAGAAGAGGGGUCCGAACAUGACAUGGCUUUAGCCCAAAUGGACGAAGAAGAAGAAGAUUUCUAA